AAGCCUUCUGUUUGGCAGCGUCUAUAGUGUCCUUGACAGUAUCCUUUGCACUCUCCUUGAGUUGCGAUGCUCUCUCUUCAGCGUCCCUCACAGCGCCCUUCGCGCCUUCCUUCAGCUGGCUAGCUUUCUCGCCUGCCUUCUUAACGGCAUCUUUCGAGAUAUCCUCGAUCUCGGUCGUUUUCUCCUUACUUCUACCGAUGAGAGCAGCGACCUUCUCCUUGCACACGCCAUAGGCAUCACAUAUCAUGCUCUUCGCGGAACCGGCUGCUUGCGCUUCAUCCGGCCGCGCAGGGGGUGUCGAGACACCUUGGCCGACGUUAGGGAGGACCGAAGCGGCUUCCUGAAUCUUAUCCUUGGCUUCUUCGAUGAGCCGGUGGGUGGCGGGAGGGUGAAGAACCUGUUCAGCGAAGUCAGGAGGGACUUGGCGCUCAUACUCCACGACGACGACGCGAUGGCCUUCUCGGAGGACGUGGUCAUCGGCGGGGUGGCGCUGCUGGUGAUGGCUGGGCUUGGGUUCGUGGUGAGGCGACCAGACGCCGGCAGCGGCGAGGGAGGAGAGGAGAAGGCCCAACGUCACAAGGUUCAUCAUUUUUCCUAGUUGGCGUUGAAGGCUUGGUGUUCGAGGAAAAGAACAGCAACCAACAAGAGGAAGGGGUUUAUCCGGUCGCUGUUCCCGAAGAUCAGCUGUAGGCGAACACCACGUGGCUCGUUGGCCAAGCGCGGGACAAACACGUGUGCGUCUUCUCGCCACGUUUGCUUGGACGUGUCUGGGUUCCGCACUCACACGGUCGGCAAGACGGCGUCGACGGACAAUGGACGCUGUCAUGGUGACGCCUCCGCACUUCCCUCCGUCUUUCUCGCCUCCCCGCACUUCCCUGACCAUCCGUACCCAAACCCUCUCAGUCUCCUCUUCUUCGUCCUCGACCCCUCCCCUCGUAUGGCCGCCUUGCCCUCCCUCCGCCGCCGCCGCGCUCACGCCGACGCCGCCCGCAGGCCCGAGCUCCGGCGCGGAAGAUGAGGGCCAUCGGCCCUGGCCCCGCCUGGUUUCUCCCCUUCCGUCGUCGCCCGGGGAUCCCCCCUCGCCCGGCCUCUGUCCUCAACCACCUCCGCCACCGGCCUUGGCGGCCACGCCGGAUCCUCGACCCCGGAGGCGACGCUGUCCUCCGCUGGAACCGCAUAUUCCUUGUCUCUUGCCUCGUGGCCCUUUUCGUUGAUCCUCUCUACUUCUACCUCCUCUUCAUCGGCGGCCCUGCCUGUGUCCGCAUUGACUUCAAUAUCGGCAUCAUCGUCACCUUCUUUCGCACCGUCGCCGACCUCUUUUACCUGGGCCACAUGCUACUCAAGUUCCGGAUCGCCUUUGUGGCCCCCAGCUCCAGGGUCUUCGGCAGGGGCGAGCUUGUCACGGAUCCCCAUCAGAUUGCUAUGCGCUACCUGAAAGGCGAUUUUUUCAUCGAUCUUAUCGCCAUGCUCCCCAUCCCCCAGAUAAUAAUCUGGUUUGUGAUUCCAGCUGUGAGCAGCUCUUCGGCUAAUCACACUAACAAUACACUUUCAUUGAUUGUUUUCAUCCAAUAUAUUCCAAGGUUAUUUCUCAUUUUUCCUUUGAAUGCACGAAUCGUCAAGGCCACAGGAGUAGUUACAAAAACUGCAUGGGCAGGAGCUGCAUACAAUCUCCUUCUAUAUAUGCUGGCAAGCCAUGUUCUGGGAGCUUUAUGGUAUCUUUUGUCCAUUGAGCGCCAGUACACCUGCUGGAUCACAGAAUGCCUGGCAGAAAAUGUCAGCACGACGACAAUGCCAAUUUGCAACCCUAGUUUUUUGGACUGUAGUAGCUUAGAGCUGCCUGAACGAAAGGCCUGGCGCAACAGUACCCUUCUGCUUAGUAAUUGUGAUGCCACGAAUGAUGGUAUCAAGUUCAAUUUCGGCAUGUUUGCAGAUGCUUUGACUAGUGAGAUUGUUGCAGCAACUUUCAUCGAAAAGUAUCUGUAUUGCCUCUGGUGGGGACUAAAAAAUCUAAGUUCGUAUGGACAGAAUCUGGGAACAAGCACUUAUAUUGGAGAAACAACAUUUGCCAUUCUCAUAUGCAUUAUGGGUCUUGUUCUGUUUUCACAUUUAAUUGGAAACAUGCAGACAUACUUGCAGUCUAUUACCGUUAGACUUGAAGAAUGGAGAGUCAAGCAAAGGGACACUGAGGAGUGGAUGAGGCAUCGUCAACUUCCGCCUGACUUACAAGAACGUGUUCGGCGUUUUGUACAAUACAAGUGGCUCGCUACUAGAGGUGUAGAUGAAGAAUCGAUUUUGCAAUCUUUGCCUUUGGAUCUUCGUCGUGAAAUUCAACGACAUUUAUGUCUUGCUCUUGUUCGUCGAGUCCCAUUUUUUUCACAGAUGGAUGAUCAGCUACUAGAUGCUAUAUGUGAACGACUGGUCUCAUCCCUGAGCACCAAGGAUACCUACAUUGUCCGGGAGGGUGACCCAGUCAACGAAAUGCUUUUUAUUAUCCGAGGCCAACUUGAAAGCUCUACCACCAACGGCGGUAGAAGUGGUUUCUUCAACUCAAUCACUCUGGGACCUGGGGAUUUCUGUGGUGAAGAGUUGUUGACAUGGGCUCUGAUGCCCAACCCAAGCGUGAACUUUCCCUCAUCGACUCGAACAGUCCGUGCCCUCAGUGAAGUUGAAGCGUUUGCGCUUCGAGCUGAAGAUCUCAAGUUUGUAGCAAGCCAAUUUAAGCGCCUCCACAGCAAGAAACUGCAGCAUGCUUUCAGGUUCUAUUCUUACCAAUGGCGGACUUGGGGAGCUUGCUUCAUACAAACUGCAUGGAGGCGGUACAAGAAGAGGAAAUUGGCAAAGGAGCUGGCCGCACAGGAGUACCUCUAUUAUGAUCAAAUGGUGGAUGAUGAUGAUGAUGAUGAGAGCCUGAUCAUUGAGCCUGACGGGGCUCCUUUGCUAUUGGAUUAUGCUGAUGGCAUCGAGGCCCCGUUAGCUGAAACAGAAGCUGGGAGCAAUUUUCAGCAUCUGGGGGUGACGAUACUUGCUUCAAAAUUUGCCAAGAACACAAAGAGAGGUCAUCAGAAGGUCACUCAGCUGACUCAGGCUGCCACUAGCAUCAAGUUGCCAAAGCUGGCGAAGCCAGAUGAACCUGAUUUCUCCAUGAACAACAAUGACGGCGACAUGUGACAUCUCUGGUAAUGCUGUUAGAUUGUAAAAAAUGUCCAUAAUUAACUAGGAAAUUUUCAAGGCAUUUUGAUGUAAAAGUAGCAGUGUAUCCAAAUCUAAAAUUGCUCUCUCUUUUGUGUUGACUAUGAGCUAACAUUUCUUUUACUUCUCUGAUGGAAAGACUACCAAUUCACUGUAAGCUUAGGUUUUACAUGAGAAACAGAUCAACAGCAUAUCAGGGGAUCGCUCACAUUUUUCA